AUGGCCUGUCAAACCGUUCCCACUAACAUUACAUCCACUCAGGCAAUCUGGAUAGAAACUGACAACAAGAACGCCACUGACAUCGGGUGCCAGCGAUAUCUUGUAUUGUCUCCAACCAGGCACAGUGANGGUCCCCAUCUUGGAAGGCGAGUAGCACUGACAGCACCCGAGCGUUCCGUGAUCUCCUUCAUACUCCUCUGCCUAGGCAAGAGUUGGUCACCUCUCUGUUUGCGCCACUCUGAGUUGGGCAUGGAAAACAGCACUCUUUUCGGCAAACGAUGGUUCGGCAUGCGUAAAACAUGUCCCAACCAACGCAGCUCAUGUCUGAAGUCCAUUCGCCCUGCAUACAAGCGCGAACAUCCUUCGCUACAGUUCAUUAUCGACCGAUUGCUUUCGAAAGGACGAAUGACUAACCGGAAACCUGCUUUUGACAUAGUUUGA